CAUUGUCAUUAAGGAUGGUCGAGCCACUUUGUAGAUACGUAGAGAGUGACCGUCCAUUUUUGGGGAUUUGCCUUGGACUUCAAUUAUUGUUCGAGUACAGUGAAGAGAAUGGUCCAGUAAAAGGUCUUGGUUUGAUACCUGGUGUUGUUGGACGUUUUGAUUCAUCAAAUGGUCUCAGAGUACCUCAUAUUGGCUGGAAUGCUUUGCAAACCACCAAAGACACUGAAAUUAUGGAAGAUGUUGGAGGACGUCAUGUCUAUUUUGUUCAUUCCUAUCGUGUGAUGCCUUCAGAUGCUAACAGAGUGGAUUUCAUCAAUAUGUAA